GACGGAGGGAGUAAUCUAUUCCUUACUUUAGGCCAGUCAAGCGGCACCAUGUCCCCGGCGUGACCAUCUAGAUGGUACACAGAAUAAGUAAUUAGGUCCCAAAACAAAAGCUCGACUUAUUCUGUAUCAAUCAUCAUCAGCUUUCGUUCUACGAGGAGAUUCUUCCUCAUCCGCUCUUUUAUAUACUUUACACUCACACAUAUAUAUAUUCUCCUUUAUAGUUACACACAGCUUCACACCCAAACCUCAACAGGAAAAAGAUGAUCAGGUUGUUCAAAGUAAAGGAAAAACAGAGAGAACUUGCUGAGAAUUCUGAUGGUAAGCCUCCAGUCAAGAAGCAGAGUGCUGGGGAACUACGUCUACACAAAGAUAUAAGUGAACUUAACCUUCCAAAGACAUGCAGCAUUUCAUUUCCCAACGGGAAGGAUGAUUUAAUGAACUUUGAAGUCACAAUUCGCCCUGAUGAAGGAUAUUACUCAGGGGGAUUGUUUACAUUCACAUUUCAAAUUUCACCUAUAUAUCCUCAUGAAGCACCAAAGGUCAAAUGCAAGACAAAGGUCUACCACCCAAACAUUGACUUGGAAGGAAAUGUUUGCCUUAACAUUCUGCGGGAAGACUGGAAACCUGUCCUCAACAUAAACACUGUCAUCUAUGGCUUGUAUCAUCUGUUCACAGAACCAAACCAUGAGGAUCCGCUUAAUGCUGAUGCUGCUGCAGUGCUGAGGGAUAACCCGAAGUUAUUUGAGACCAAUGUGAGAAGGGCAAUGACUGGUGGUUAUGUCGGAAACACAUACUUUAGUCGAUGUGUAUAGGGUUUGAAGGUAGUACCAUCAUGUUAUAACGUUUUAAUUACCAAUGCCUUUAUAAUCGGUUUGUAAAAAUGCUUUAAUGGAUGAAUUCCUUGGAGGAUGUUUUGCUGCACAGGUUCGAAGUCACCGCACUUCCCUGAAACUUUGAGAAUAUUCUCUUUGUAUGCUGUUAGGCAGCGUUACAUGCUGCAAGUUUACUUUUAUCCGAAGAACUUGGACAUUUGGUUA